GUCAUCCAUAAACACCACAGAACCUUAAGUCAGCACCGUCAAACGUUUUCAACGACUUGGGAGUUGACUAAAGCGGGGAAGAGCAAUCACUCUUUUCUCCCCCCUACCGACUGAUAUCGCAUCAUGUCUGCGAAUUCCUCCACGCCUUCAAGAACCACCCAGUCUCAGGUUUAUUCUGCGCACUUGCGGAACGCUCUUCUGCCAGAGCUCGAAAAUACAAGACAGCGCUUGUCCACUGUCGAGACUGACAUUGCAGAGUAUGCUUUGCUGAAAGACAAGAUUGAUGGCUUGCAAAAGGAAAAGGGAAAGGAGGUGAAUACCAUGAGUGAGAUGGGUGCUGGGGUUUGGGUCCACACGACAAUACCAGAUAUUAGUGUGAUCACCCUUGACUUAGGUCUUAACCUUCAUUUGGAUAUGCCCCUUGCCGACGCCGAAGAAUAUGUGAAGAAAAAGCUCGGAAUUUUGAAAAAGAAGAGAGACUCUUUGAGCCAAAAGGAGGAGCUCUUAGUUUGGCAGAUUGGCCAGUUCCAAGGCGCUAUGGCAUGAUCAUUUACACCCCUGGAUUCCCUCGUAUCACCGAUAAGCCCCCACUACAUGCUGACAAUUUCCACAACAAUGCUUUCCUCUUCGUAACUGACCUCCAAUCUUUGCGAUGAGCAUGCGACGAUUGUAGGGAAACCGACCAGGAGGUCUGCAAUGGACUGGUAGAUAUGACUACCUGGAAAUAAGCAAGGGUUGAUUAGGGAGUGAUAGCCAACCUGGUCUACGUCUACAUACUCAUAAAAAGUACUUAGUAUGUUGGGCCGAAAGUUGUAUGACAGAAGAUCUGCCAAGUUGUAGCGUC